AGAGCCGGAAAGCCAGCUCUUCAGAUUGCUGCUGUGUUUUAUUUUCUAAAUCUGUUGAAUACAGUGGGAGGAAGGAGGACAGGGGCCAGUGUGCAACCAGUGACCUUGCAGCUGGUGUUGGGGGGGAAGGGCCCAGCUGAUAGCUCUGAGCCUGGAUUCGUGUAGGCAGGACCAGCUGACACAGCCCCAGGCCAGACCUGGAGCUUGGGCUCCGUCCUCGGCCUCCCAGCUGAGACUGAGGACGAAGAAAUCACGGGCAAUGGCUGAUCUUUGAGGUGUAACCAGCCAGCAGCUAGGAACUGGACUGAGAGCCCCCCACUGAUUCCUAGUAGCCACUCAGCAGCUGUUCAGGGGAUGGCACAUUCCAGCCCUGGGCUGGCUCGGAGCUGCCAGGCAGAGCGGGGUCUUUUACAUGAAUUUCCUAGGUCUCUGUGUUUGGAGGUUGCCGUCAGUGGCGGGGAGGGGACGUCGUAGCCGGAGUUACAAUUGGGAACUGAUGUCCCCUGCCCCCCUCCGCGCCCCGGCUCGGUGAGAUGCCACGAGCAGGCAGGAUCAAACUCUAACCGGUGCGUUUUAACCCACUCAGCCGGAGAGAGAUGCAGCUGCCAAGGCUGGUGGGGUGCCUUGUGGUCCUGCUGGGUGCGUCCGGGGCACUGGACCCUGCCCUGGAGGAAGGCUGGCGAGGGUGGAAGAGCUUCCACGCUAAGGAGUAUCCUGAAGAGGCGGAAGCUUUCCGCAGGGCGGUCUGGGAGAAGAACCUGCGGCGGAUCGCGCACCACAACCUGGAGGAGUCUCUGGGGAAGCACAGCUACCGCCUGGAAAUGAACCACUUUGGGGACCUGAUGGACGAAGAGUUUAACCAGCUUCUGAACGGUUUCCGAGCUGAGCGGCACGGCGGGAAGGUGCCUCUCUUCCAGGAAUCGGCUGCUCGGGAGACUCCCAAGGAGGUGGACUGGCGCGCAAAGGGUUACGUCACCCCCGUGAAAAACCAGGGCCACUGCGGGUCCUGCUGGGCUUUCAGUGCCACGGGAGCCCUGGAGGGCUUGGUCUUCAAGAAGACGGGCAAACUGGUGUCGCUGAGCGAGCAGAACCUCAUGGACUGCUCAAGGACGCUGGGGAACAACGGGUGCCAUGGGGGCUUCAUCACUCGGGCCUUCCAGUACGUGCGGGACAACAAGGGCAUCAACUCGGAGCUCAACUACCCCUACUUGGAGAGGGACGAAUUCAACUGCCAUUACAACCCCCAGGACAACGCUGCCAACUGCACCUCUCUCAUGCUGAUCCAGCCGGGCAACGAGACCGCUCUGGAGCAGGCGGUGGCCACUGUCGGCCCUGUCUCCGUUGCCGUGGAUGCCAGCAGCUUCCACUUCCACUUCUACAAGUCAGGAGUCUUCAACAACAGCCUGUGCAGCCACACAGUGAACCAUGCCAUGCUGGCCGUGGGCUACGGCACAUCCCAGGAGAACGGGAAGAGCGCCGCCUACUGGCUCCUCAAGAACAGCUGGGCUGAGCUAUGGGGUGAAAAAGGUUACAUCCGGCUGGCGAAAGGAGCCGACAAUCACUGUGGUGUGGCCAAUCAGGCAAGCUAUCCCGUCUUGUAGCCAGCGCUGGGUUUUCCUUCUGCCCUGGGCCUGCAUGGCAGAAGGCCUCACAUACUGGAUGGGUUUUUUUUUCUUCUCAACGACUUGAUCUUUGUCUUCAGCAUGGAGAUUCUUUUUGCUCCUGGCCGUGAUUUCUGGGCUUUUUCUUAGCUGCGAUUUACACGGGUUUAGAAGCGAUUAAAAGUUGUGCCGCAAAUUGCUCUUGCAAGCCUGGGUAAGUCCUGUUCUGGUCACGCCGCAGCAUCGCUGAACGAGGCUUAGUGUCCUGUCUAACUUAUUCAUAAAAUAAAGAAUGUUUUUCCUCUCAGUGUGAAAA